AUGUCCCCACAGGGCUGGGGUUUCCUGGAUAAGGUGCAACAGAUGAGCACAGAGGAUAUAUUGGCCAUGGUGAAACCCUACUUGGCCAGUAUGGAUGUGCCCCCUGAGGUGAUGCCCAGCAUCAUAGAUGAAUACCUAGGCAGCAGUUCCAACACAGAAAUCAAACGCAAUGCCUUCCAGGACAUUCUGGCUGACAUCACCAUUAUCUUACCCUCCUUGAAUUUCUCUACAAACCUCCGAGAUUCUGGAGUCCCCAUCUUUUUCUAUGAGUUCCAGCAUCAACCCAGUUCUUACGAGAUCAAGCCUGAGUGGGUGAGGGCUGACCAUGGGGCUGAGAUAGCCUUCAUGUUCGGGGGUCCUUUCCUCACGGAUGAGAGCUCCCUGCCGGCCUUUCCAGAAGCUACAGAGGAGGAGAAGCAGCUGAGUCUCACCAUGGUGGCUCAGAGGACCAAGUUUGCCCGGACAGGGGACCCCAAUGGGGAGAGGCUGCCUCCGUGGCCCCCCUUCAACCAGUUGGAGCAAUAACUGGAAAUCGGCCUGACACCACAAAUUGGCCAGAAGCUGAGAGAAGCCCAGAUGCAGUUCUGGGCAGAGAGGCUUCUGGCCAAGAUCGGCCAGUGGCGGCAGAUGCGGAAGGGCAGGAAGGCCCAGGAGGAGCCCUAG